AUUCCUCCUCGUAGCCUUCCUUCAUAUCCCUCCCACCACAUUCCCUCUCCCUUCCUCUCUCUCUCUCUCUCUCUCUCUCUCUCUCUGUCUCUCUCUCUCUCUCUCUCUCUCUUUCUCUCCUCCCUUCUCCCUUCUCUUGCCCGUGUGCACUGUGCUGCUCUAUGCCGAGCACACACAGGCGUACGGAUGUAAGUUUAAUCCAGGGAACAGUCAGAGCAGGGGGAGUGAGUAUGGGGUUGCCCCUUUGCUAACCUGCAGUAGUAGAACAGUCAGCUGCCAGCGCGACUUAUCAAGGCGGACUCAGAAGAGGAGAUGAAAACCUCCUGGAACUGUUUGUUCAUAUUUGACUCUCCAGUGCUCUUUGUGAGGAUCUAUGCCUUUUUACUCUUAAAGCUCCGCAGCGAGAGGUGUUAUCUCUUAUGCUGAGCUCGGCUUUUAGAGGAAAUUGCAAGAGUUUGAAUCUACCCGUCAGCCUCUAAUCAGCCUCUGAUUAAAUGAUAAAGCGAGAGGAGGACACCCAAAUGAAUCAGGGGAAUCUGGAGAGGGAGAUCCUCGCACACUUGGCUGUUUUCAGAAUCUGUUUUUAAAAAGAUUCUGAAUUUUUACUUUCUGUUGCUGUGUACUGGACCUGCGUUUUAUUUCCUCUGAGGUCUGCAGUGAUAGUAUUUUUUCUUCUCACAUCCCUUGAGGCAGAGAUGCUGCAAUUAUGUCCUUGAAGUUUGUCUUCCUUUAAGAGGAUUUUGUUUUCACCUGAUCAGCAUUUCUUCACUGUUUGAAUACAUCCUGAUCCUCCGUCUGCUUUUUUGUCUACUGAACACUGUGAGCAGGUCAGUCACUUCAGAAAUUGGGCAGUGAUUUGUAACAGAGGCACAGAGUGUGCUGCUGGAUUUUGAGCCUUGAACUAUCUCACGACCCUCAGGGGAUCCUCAGACGUGGUGCCACCUCUGGGAGUUUGUCUCACCUGGUUCAGCAGGAGGACACUUUAAUUACAGUUUCUGCAAGUGGGACGCUUGGCUCAACGCCAACAUGCAGGUGUCUUUAGUAUGCACGGACCACCGUGGCGGGGUGAGCCGCACCACAGAGGACAGGCUCAACAGACAGAAUGCCAACAGCCCCAACACAGGCACACGCAGCAAGUUCAGGGCUGUGGCCAUGGUGGCCAGAAGUCUUGGACAACUCUCUGUUCAGAGCGUGCCUUCAUCCAGCGAGCAGAGCAUGAGGACUGGCAUGAAGUAUAGAAACCUUGGGAAGUCAGGCCUGCGGGUGUCCUGCCUCGGAUUAGGAACAUGGGUGACAUUCGGCGGACAGAUAACGGACGAGAUGGCAGAGCAGCUGAUGACUCUCGCCUAUGAAAAUGGCAUCAAUCUGUUUGACACAGCGGAGGUCUAUGCUGCUGGGAAAGCAGAGGUGGUGCUGGGAAACAUCAUAAAGAAGAAAGGAUGGAGACGCUCGAGUCUGGUGAUAACAACAAAGAUCUUCUGGGGUGGAAAGGCGGAGACUGAGAGAGGUUUAUCUCGAAAACACAUUAUAGAAGGUUUAAAAGCCUCUCUAGAAAGACUGCAGCUAGACUACGUGGACGUGGUUUUUGCGAAUAGACCGGACCCUAAUACACCAAUGGAAGAAACGGUUCGAGCAAUGACCCAUGUGAUAAACCAGGGCAUGGCUAUGUACUGGGGAACAUCCCGCUGGAGUCCAAUGGAGAUAAUGGAAGCGUACUCUGUGGCACGGCAGUUUAACCAGAUUCCUCCCAUCUGUGAGCAGGCUGAGUACCACAUGUUCCAGAGAGAGAAGGUGGAGGUGCAGCUACCUGAACUCUUUCAUAAGAUAGGUGUGGGGGCCAUGACGUGGUCACCCCUGGCCUGUGGGAUCAUCUCAGGGAAAUACGACGGCAGGGUGCCUCCCUACUCUCGGGCUUCUCUGAAGGGUUACCAGUGGUUGAAGGACAAGAUCUUGAGUGAGGAGGGCCGGCGUCAGCAGGCGAAGUUGAAAGAGCUGCAGGCAAUCGCGGAGCGGCUGGGCUGCACUCUGCCCCAACUCGCCAUCGCGUGGUGCCUACGGAACGAGGGAGUGAGCUCUGUGCUUUUAGGGGCGUCCAACACCGACCAGCUGAUGGAGAACAUAGGAGCAAUACAGGUUCUUCCAAAGUUGUCGUCAUCCAUCACACACGAGGUGGACAGCAUCCUGGGAAACAAGCCGUACAGUAAAAGGACUACCGCUCCUAACGCGCAGCACGGCCCCGCCCGGCAGGGCUGCACCCGGGCUGCAGCUUCAGCGCCCCACCUUUGCCUGAUCCUCUGUUUGCUUGAGCUUUUACUGAGUGAGACCCUGGCGCAUGAGUCUGGCCACACCAAGGCCACCCAGGGCACCUCAUUUAGAGUCACGGGGAUAAGAAAAGAAAAUGGGGGAAAAAAUACAGUCACCUCCACAGGGAAAGAAGGGAUGACGAAGGAAGAGAAAAAAGUGGAAGAGAGGUUAGGGAUACGCGCUCAUACUUAAAUCAGUUAUACAUCCAAUUCAGCUGAACGUAUUUUAAAACCGUAGAGAAAAUAUCUUUUUAAAAAAAUAAGCACACGCUUGCUUGGCAGCCAGAUCUCUUCUUUUUUUGUUAGUUUUUUUACUUUUGCUCUUUGUUUUCUAGAACUGAAUGCAACUCAAAGGAAGAUAUUGUUCAUACUGUAUGAGUAAAGGAGAACUACUCUGUUGCACAUGUACCAUAGCCAUGCAUUUGUUCCUUGGGCGUUGUGUUUACAAACACGUGUGUACUGUACCAAGUCUGUCAAGGUUUCUCUGCUAAGAACUGUUUGUUUGUGUUGUCGACAUUAUCGGUGUACAAGCCUCCUCGGGAGGCGUUAACAAUCAGCACUUUAGUAUGUCAGAACAGGUGAUAGAGGGCAGUGUGGAGGAGGGAGAGGGUGGGAGUUACAGUAGUCUUAUCUCACAGCCAUUGCACUAUAGAUUCAUAUCGCCUCCUGAUGACUCCCUCUUCUCAUCCUCCCUCUUCGUCUUCACUGGCGGGACGUUUGUUUCAGACACUGCUGGAGUGGCAGUCUCCUUCAUCCUGAACCGUCUGUUAUAAGGAGUCAGGAGUGUAGGCAGACUUGUCAGGGCAUCUUGUCUGCCACUGAAGAGAUUAGUAACUUAUUCAUCCCUAACUGCAGUGGCAUGAAAUCAAAUGUAGAGUGUUCUUUCCCCCGGCUGCUGUUCCCUGUUUCCAGUUUCCUUGUUUCCAGUCUGAGGUCAAUCCAGACAUGAAGUGGUCACAUAACUGCUGGCUCCACAUCCCAUGGAAACCUUUCCUUCAUCAAAUUGUGUUUGAGCAUUUUGCCUUAUUUACAGUUGUAUCAGACUGUGCUGCAGGCUUUGGCAUAGAUGGCUGCCCCCCCUCCCCCUCCCCCUGUCCUUCUUUUUUUAGCCAGCCUGGUCUCGUGUCCCCUGUAAACACAGGGAACACUGACUGGUGCGAUGAAGAGGCGGUGUUUCCAGUUGAAUCAGUGGGCGGCAGCAGCUCAGGGAACAGAGCAGGUGGUUUUGUAGUCGUGCGUUGGUGUGCACAAGGUCAGGAGCUCGUAUUUACUCGUCUGUCUUUCGUUCAUGCGUGGACACUGGGGAGGACCAGUGACAUUUUAGCGUGGAUCGAGCCAAAGAUCUUCUUCGUCUUCAUCUCCAUCUAUCUUAAAAACGCACUCUGAGUGUUUCACGCUCACUUCCUGCAAGAUUAUAGAAAUUCAUCUUGACGCAUGUGCUGUCCAGCUUGUUAUCUAUCUAUGGUAUGGACUUAACUCCAUAUAUAUCCUUACUUGACAAUGCUGUUAUACUAGUAAACAAAUAUUUCCUUCAUAUACAGAAUGCGUAGUACAGCUUCCUGCUUUAGGAUCGGUAAGGUUCGUGUCGGGCCACAUACUACCCGAGGCGUGACAGAAGUAUUAUUGCAAAAAAAAUUUGACGCCACCUUAUAUCAUUCUCUCACCUUUGGGUGCUCUCUUACUGUGACUUAAGCACAAGUGGAUAGCAUGCGAUACAUCCUCAAAGCAUGGACCCUCUUCACCCAGCCUACUGUAACCUACGGGACAGACCAGGUGAUGCUACUCUGCUUACUAACACGUGUAGAUAAGAAAUCUUAACUAACAGCUGAUAACGUUUGAAAUCAUUGCAAAAAAAGAAACGUGAAUAAAACUGUCAUUUCAGCGUGAAUGAGGGAAUGAAUGAAUUGUAGAGGAGGGAUAAUCAAAGCUAGUGUUACUGUGAGCGUUUGUGUGGGUGAGCUUUUACAGUCGAGGUGAUUUUAGACAACAGCAAAGUGAUUUAAUGUUACCGCUGUUGAUCCUGUCUGUUUGUAUCUCUGAGUGUGAGUUCCUUGCUUUAGCCCGUUGUAUAAACUGUUCCCUGUAUAUGUUUUUGAUUUGCUGUGUCUGAGUGAAUAAAACCGGCGUGAGCCAAUGUUUUCGAGGAAGAUAGAGAGAAAAAAAAACAGGCAUUUUAAUUCAUUUUGACUGUGGAGUUCCUGUGUCUUAAUAUUUUCAUCUGCAGGGAGACAGCAGGAAGUUUGAGGCUUAGAGGGAAAGUUCUACAUUUUUUGGGGAGAACGCCCAUUAGCUUUUUUGUGAAGAGAAAAACAUAUAAAGAUUGAUACUAGAUUACCUGUAUGCCAAAAUUGAAGCUCUUCAAAACGCUGAUGUACUUAGCAAAAAGAUCGUAACAAUGGCGGCAAACAGCCUGCAUGACUCUGUCCUAGAGCAACAAAAUCCACCUGCUCGCUUUUCUGAAAGUCGCUAGUUACCAAGUGAUGUCUUAUGUGUAUUAUUCAUACCUUAAUAAAAGCGUUAAUUACCAGGUUAGUUUCAAGGGAAACACCAAAGGCUCUGGAGGUUACUGGUCUCAUCUAAGAAAUAGUCCCCUUUAGUGUCAAAGUCUGUUUGCUGAUGAUUCUGACGUGUUUAUGCCUGUUGUAAUGAAACAUUUUCCUGAAUGGAAGCACUACAGAACUUUAAACAGUGUCAUUUUUUCAUAAGAUAUGUAACCUUGUUUGGCAUCAGUAAACAGAGAAAAGUGAUAAGUAGUUUGUCCCGAUUCUAGUUUUGGAAAGUAUACACAUGAUAUCAGGAAUGAGGCCCAAAACAAUCGAUUCUCAUCCCCUAGCACCACCGCCACCACACUUCAUUACCCAUAGUUCACCUGUUAGCUUUGUGUUAAUAUAAACCCCAACCAGUUAUCCUGCAAUAACUUACUGUAACACCUUUGUUGGUCCUUUUGCAAUAAAGGAAUUACUUUAAGGUGGCAGUGGGUGUUUCAAGGCUAACUGGCUAAUUAAAAGCUUUAAGUUAGCGAACAUAGUAGAUAAAAUCAACAUGUUAGCUAUGUCAACUUACCAAGUCUUGAUGCUAAGCUAAGCUGAGAUUUUGGCUUAUAGAAAUGUGAGUGGAAUCAAUCUCCUUCGUUAACUCCUCUCCAAAAAAGCCAACAAGUCACUUCCCCAAAAUGUAAACUUGUCCAUCGCUGUGCAUUUAUUUUUACCAUCAGAGUUAUUUCCCUCUGCACUGACCUGCCCCACAAACAUCCCAUGGUGUUUGAAGGUUUUUGCACAUUGUAGAAAUAACUUGGGAGUGUUUUAAGGCUGACUUGUGGUUACUUGAUGCCCUCACCUGUCUAGGAGAAAUUCAUGCUUUAAGUGGACCUAGUUUCAUCGAAUCUGCUGUUCUGCCAUUUUAAUGACGAGUACAGAGAUGAAACCAGAGCCACAGACGGAUAGAGCUUAUUUUACAGAAGGUUCUAGGUUAUACAGAGAAUAUAUUUUUAUGUUUGAGCCUUUAAUGCAGUAGAGAUAAUUAAAAGAACUGUUUUUAUUUUUUUCAUCAUGCUGCAUUUUUCCUAUCAGUAUUGUAUCGAUUUUAAGACUGACAAAAAGAAGCAAUUUCUUUCUGUUGUGUAUGCAUAUUGAGGAAUGCUCUGACGUGAAUGACAUGGUGGACUGAAUUCACUCUGAAGAUGAUGUAAUGAGAGACGGUAUCUCCUGUACAUAGUUUGACCUUUGUAUAUAGAUUUCUGGUUGUGAUCACCUCUGCCUUUUUUCUCUUUUCUUUUUAUUAUUUUCAUUUUUUUGCAGGCGUUGCUAUCUGCACUGUGCUUGAAUCUGAAUUUAGAUGGGAUGUACAGCUUCAAUCUUCAAUGAAAAUGAAAUAAUGAUAAAAUAAGAAUGGUAAACAAA